UUUUUUAUUUUUUAUUUUGUGGACUGUGUGCAUUUCCAAAUAAUAACUCCUGGUUUUCGAAGCUGAGGCGAGGAAAAUGGGCACCGGCUAUCGGGAGCGAAGGGGUGUCUCUCCGUCAGUGUCUCUGGAUCGCGAGCCUGUGCUGGUGUAGACGAGAUCCCCCCAGCUCUCGGAGUGCAAGGCCAAAUGACAUAGGAUGAAGGCUGUUCGUAACCUGCUGAUUUAUAUAUUUUCCACCUAUCUCCUGGUUAUGUUUGGAUUUAAUGCUGCCCAAGACUUCUGGUGUUCAACUUUGGUGAAGGGAGUCAUUUAUGGAUCAUAUUCUGUAAGUGAAAUGUUUCCCAAAAACUUUACAAACUGCACUUGGACGCUGGAAAAUCCAGAUCCAACCAAAUAUAGCAUUUACCUGAAAUUUUCCAAAAAGGACCUUAGCUGCUCUAACUUUUCCCUGCUGGCUUAUCAGUUUGACCAUUUUUCCCAUGAAAAAAUAAAGGAUCUUUUACGAAAGAACCAUUCUAUAAUGCAACUCUGCGAUUCCAAGAAUGCUUUUGUUUUUCUACAGUAUGAUAAAAAUUUUAUUCAGAUACGUCGGGUAUUUCCAACUGAUUUCCCGGGAUUACAGAAAAAAGGGGAAGAAGAUCAGAAAUCUUUUUUUGAGUUUUUGGUAUUGAACAAGGUGAGCCCGAGCCAGUUUGGUUGCCAUGUAUUAUGCACUUGGUUGGAGAGCUGCUUAAAAUCAGAAAACGGGAGAACAGAAUCAUGUGGGAUCAUGUAUACAAAAUGCACUUGCCCUCAGCAUCUGGGAGAGUGGGGCAUUGAUGACCAGUCACUGGUUUUGUUAAGUAACGUCGUGUUACCCCUGAAUGAGCAGACCGAGGGCUGCCUGACCCAGGAGCUGCAAACCACGCAAGUCUGCAACCUAACCAGGGAGGCCCGACGACCGCCCAAAGAAGAUUUGUUUCUGGGAAAGUUUGAAUGUUGGCUGUUUUUUGGAAAAUGGCAUUUUUUGCAACACAAAGAAUUUGGAAUGAUGGGAGAUCAUACAAUUAAAAGUCAGCGACCUCGAUCUGUUCAUGAAAAAAGGGUCCCUCAGGAACAAGCUGAUGCUGCUAAAUUUAUGGCACAAACUGGUGAAUCUGGUGUGGAAGAGUGGUCCCAGUGGAGCACGUGCUCAGUUACUUGUGGUCAAGGGUCGCAGGUGCGAACCAGAACUUGUGUAUCACCUUACGGGACACACUGCAGCGGCCCAUUAAGAGAAUCAAGGGUUUGCAAUAACACUGCCCUCUGUCCAGUACAUGGAGUUUGGGAGGAAUGGUCCCCAUGGAGUUUGUGUUCAUUUACAUGUGGUCGAGGCCAAAGAACAAGGACGAGGUCAUGUACCCCUCCGCAGUAUGGAGGGCGGCCCUGUGAAGGACCUGAAACACACCAUAAGCCCUGUAAUAUUGCUCUCUGUCCAGUUGAUGGACAGUGGCAGGAGUGGAGUUCCUGGAGCCAGUGCUCAGUGACGUGCUCUAAUGGGACCCAGCAGAGGAGCCGGCAGUGCACUGCAGCGGCCCACGGAGGCUCGGAGUGCCGCGGGCCCUGGGCAGAAAGCAGAGAGUGCUACAACCCGGAGUGCACAGCCAAUGGGCAGUGGAAUCCAUGGGGCCACUGGAGCGGAUGUUCCAAGUCCUGUGACGGCGGCUGGGAAAGGCGGAUGAGGACCUGUCAGGGGGCGGCGAUCACCGGGCAGCAGUGCGAAGGGACAGGCGAGGAAGUCAGAAGGUGCAGUGAGCAGCGGUGCCCUGCACCUUAUGAAAUAUGCCCCGAGGAUUAUCUGAUGUCUAUGGUGUGGAAAAGAACCCCUGCGGGCGACCUUGCAUUCAAUCAGUGCCCCCUGAAUGCCACAGGCGCCACCAGCCGACGCUGCUCUCUCAGUCUUCACGGAGUGGCCUUCUGGGAACAGCCAAGCUUUGCCAGAUGCAUAUCCAAUGAGUACAGACACUUACAGCAUUCAAUUAAAGAGCAUCUUGCUAAGGGACAACGCAUGCUGGCAGGUGAUGGAAUGUCCCAGGUAACCAAGACACUGCUGGAUUUAACUCAGAGGAAAAAUUUCUAUGCAGGCGAUCUUCUGAUGUCUGUGGAAAUCCUCAGGAAUGUGACAGACACGUUUAAAAGGGCAAGCUACAUCCCUGCAUCUGACGGCGUCCAGAACUUCUUUCAAAUAGUUAGCAACCUCCUAGAUGAAGAAAACAAGGAAAAAUGGGAAGAUGCCCAGCAGAUUUACCCAGGAUCAAUAGAGUUAAUGCAGGUGAUUGAAGAUUUUAUACACAUUGUUGGUAUGGGAAUGAUGGACUUUCAGAAUUCAUAUUUAAUGACUGGAAAUGUAGUGGCAAGCAUUCAGAAGCUUCCUGCAGCCUCUGUUCUCACUGACAUCAACUUCCCGAUGAAAGGACGGAAAGGAAUGGUGGACUGGGCACGGAAUUCAGAAGAUAGGGUAGUUAUUCCAAAAAGUAUCUUCACUCCUGUGUCAUCAAAAGAAUUAGAUGAAUCAUCUGUAUUUGUUCUUGGAGCAGUCCUAUACAAAAAUUUAGAUCUCAUUUUGCCCACAUUGAGAAAUUAUACUGUUGUUAAUUCUAAAAUCAUCGUGGUCACAAUCAGGCCUGAACCCAAGACAACUGACUCGUUUCUGGAGAUAGAGCUAGCUCAUUUGGCUAAUGGAACUUUGAAUCCCUACUGUGUGUUGUGGGAUGACUCCAAAAUGAACGAGUCUUUGGGAGCGUGGUCCACCCAGGGAUGUAAAACUGUGCUUACCGAUGCAUCCCAUACGAAGUGCUUAUGUGAUCGUCUCUCUACCUUCGCCAUUUUGGCUCAGCAACCUAGAGAAAUAAUCAUGGAAUCCUCUGGCACACCUUCAGUUACCCUAAUAGUUGGCAGUGGUCUUUCUUGCCUGGCCUUGAUCACCCUAGCAGUUGUCUAUGCAGCACUGUGGAGGUACAUACGCUCAGAGAGAUCCAUAAUUCUAAUUAACUUCUGCCUGUCUAUCAUCUCAUCCAACAUCCUCAUACUGGUUGGACAGACCCAGACACAUAAUAAGAGUAUCUGCACUACCACCACUGCAUGUCUGCACUUCUUCUUCCUGGCUUCAUUCUGUUGGGUUUUGACUGAGGCAUGGCAGUCAUAUAUGGCCGUGACUGGAAAAAUCAGGACACGUCUUAUAAGGAAACGCUUUCUGUGCCUUGGAUGGGGUUUACCGGCAUUAGUGGUGGCCACUUCAGUGGGCUUCACCAGGACAAAAGGUUACGGCACUGAUCACUACUGCUGGCUCUCUCUUGAAGGAGGACUACUGUACGCUUUUGUUGGACCUGCGGCUGCUGUUGUCCUGGUCAAUAUGGUGAUUGGCAUUUUGGUAUUUAAUAAACUUGUUUCCAGAGAUGGGAUCCUAGAUAAAAAGCUCAAACACAGAGCCGGUCAGAUGAGUGAGCCUCAUAGCGGUUUGACGCUCAAAUGUGCCAAGUGUGGAGUAGUUUCAACAACAGCUUUGUCAGCCACCACCGCCAGUAACGCCAUGGCCUCUCUUUGGAGCUCCUGCGUGGUUUUGCCCCUUCUGGCUCUGACGUGGAUGUCAGCAGUUCUAGCCAUGACGGAUAAACGUUCCAUAUUGUUUCAGAUUCUUUUUGCUGUGUUUGAUUCAUUGCAAGGCUUUGUUAUAGUCAUGGUCCACUGCAUUCUUCGGAGAGAGGUUCAGGAUGCAUUUAGAUGCCGGUUGAGAAACUGCCAGGACCCAAUCAAUGCUGAUUCAUCAAGUUCUUUUCCUAACGGGCAUGCUCAAAUCAUGACAGAUUUUGAAAAGGAUGUUGACAUUGCUUGUCGAUCAGUUCUUCACAAGGAUAUUGGCCCUUGCCGGGCAGCAACAAUAACAGGAACACUCUCUAGGAUUUCUUUAAAUGACGAUGAAGAAGAGAAAGGGACAAGCCCUGAAGGGCUGAGUUAUUCAACCUUGCCUGGAAAUGUCAUUUCUAAGGUCAUCAUCCAGCAACCCACAGGUCUGCACAUGCCCAUGAGUAUGAAUGAGCUGAGCAGUCAGUGUUUGAAAAAAGAGAACAGUGAAUUGCGGAGAACUGUGUACUUGUGUACAGAAGACAAUUUAAGAGGGGCUGAUAUAGAUAUAGUCCAUCCUCAAGAAAGAAUGAUGGAAAGUGACUAUAUUGUGAUGCCCAGAAGUUCUGUAAAUACCCAGCCAUCACUGAAAGAGGAAAGCAAAAUGAAUAUUGGCAUGGAAACCCUGCCUCACGAAAGGCUAUUGCACUACAAAGUGAACCCCGAAUUCAAUAUGAAUCCCCCUGUAAUGGACCAGUUCAAUAUGAACUUAGAUCAACAUCUUGCACCCCAGGAACACAUGCAAAAUCUGCCCUUUGAGCCCCGCACAGCUGUGAAGAAUUUCAUGGCCACUGAGUUGGAUGAUAAUGCAGGACUCUCAAGGAGUGAAACUGGAUCAACAAUAUCAAUGAGUUCUUUAGAGAGAAGAAAAUCACGAUACUCAGACCUUGACUUUGAGAAGGUCAUGCAUACAAGGAAGAGGCACAUGGAGCUGUUUCAGGAGCUAAAUCAGAAAUUUCAGACUUUGGACAGAUUUCGGGACAUACCAAAUACAAGCAGCAUGGAAAACCCAACACCAAACAAGAAUCCAUGGGACACUUUCAAAGCCCCCAGUGAGUACCAACAUUACACUACAAUCAAUGUCUUAGACACAGAGGCAAAGGAUGCCUUGGAACUGAGGCCGGCCGAAUGGGAAAAGUGUCUGAAUUUGCCUUUGGAUGUGCAAGAGGGUGACUUUCAAACAGAAGUUUAAGAAGAUAAAAAUGAGCUGAGGUGAAGACACGACAUUUUAACGCAUAGAUGUGUGAGACUCAGGCUGCCUGCCAUGACUAUCUGGACAGUGUGACUGGCCUGAGUCAGGACCUCCACGUGCCAAACAUCAAUGGUGUUUCUGUCUGGUGACGUCUCGCUAGUCUUGCUAGCACAGAGACGGCAGGUGUACAGUUCUGACCAUCCUGUGUUGUAAGUACCCGUGGAAUGGAUUUGUAAGGUAAUCUUUAUAGAUAAACCUCAAGCAACGAUUCAUGUUGUAACCGCUUCAUAUGGUUUAGUUUUCAGAAAACUUCACCAUGAAGCACAAUGUAUAUAUUUAUGCAGUUUUUAAAGUUUAUAACAGUCUGUUUGGCCAUUACUACACUUUUUACUUUAUAAUAUAAAAGCAAAGUUUUUGUCAUUAAAUGAAUGUUUGUUGAGCUACAUUCUUCAUUGCUUUAAAUGCAAUAAAGUAAUAAUCUCACUUUUAUAUGAAUAAUAUAUUUCACAUCUUUAUUAUUGGCAGUUUUCUCUAGAAAGCUCUGAGUAGCUUUCUCUGCUGCAGCUGUGUAUAAAAUAUUUAAAAUGUUGUAUGGUGUAAAUAAACUUUUGUCUACAUAUCAGUUUUUUAGUGCAUUUUAUUUUGGAUUUGUUGAGCAGAAAUUUACAUAUUUAUAAAGUUUUUUUCAAUUCAGAUACUGAAAAUGUAUUCACAGUUUUAAUAGCAUACUGUUAUUACUCUUUGAGGCUAAUGAUUUCUCAAAUGUAAUAAUAGGUUUGUAUAGGGCUUCUGUAUUUUCUACUUAACGCUCUGGAACAACAUGCCAUGCAAAUGGGGCUUGUCAGAAAUCUACGGCCACAGUACUCUUACAUAAACAUUAUGUUUUUUCUUCUAUCUUGAGGCAAAGAUAACUAGCAGCAAACAGCAAGCUGUCACGCAGGAAAUAAUACAGGAAAAAUGUGUUAAGGCAUUAAGUUUGCUGCAUGUUCCAGAGAAGAGAAGAAACUAUUCAAACUACAGUGCUUCAUGACAUAAAAAAUGAACUUAUUCAGGAUUUAAAUAAACCAUGUGUGAUAUCGUGUAGCUGAAGGGGGAGAGUGACUGUGCUUGAUAGAAUAAAAGUGUCCUCAUUCAAAAGUGGGGAACCUGAGGUGACCCCACCACACACACUCCCUAGUGUCCUCUCUCACAUCGAAGCCACUCUGGCAUGCUGUCACCCUACCUCAGGUACACAGUAAAGAAAAAUGCAGUGGGGAGGGUUCCAGCAACUUCCUGGUCCUUUCAAGGGCUGGAGAUCGCGUGUUGCACUGAGACAAGUACGGGAAGGGAGUGCAGAUGGACAGCCCUCAAAGGUCCUAGACUCUCCGUGGAGCCAGCUGACUCAACCUUGAGCUGUAUGGUCUCCUGGGGGCUGUCUGACCCUGUGAGGCUCUCGGGGGCCAGGCACAGAGGCUGAGGACAUUGGUGCUUCCACACUGCAGGGCAUCCCUUAGCCGAGCCUUAAACAGCACAGAGCUCAGGCUAAACUCCUGUUGGAUACCUAUAAUGUGCUCAGCGUCAAAAUGUUCAAAGUAUAUUUUCAAUCAGAUUUUAAAAAUGAAAAUGAUGCCAUUAUGCAAAGACUAUAACAUGAGUAAAGAAUGAUUUUUCAAUAAAAUGAACUUCAUGUUAAUUACAAUGUAAUUGUACAGCUUAUUGAAUUUAUAAUAUGAAUUUCUGGCGAUAGGAAUAAUAUGUGAUAAAUUUAUAGAUACAUGAAUUAAAAAUGCACACAUAUGUAUCUUUGUAUAUACAUGUGUGUGUGUGUGUCUAUGUAUAUAAAUAUUUAACUCCAUACUGUUCAGCUCUAUCUAUAGCUGUGAAUACAGACCAUGUGGUCACCUAUUCCAGGUUAUAAAAUCUUGUGAAAAAACACACUAAACAUACAUUUGAAAACAUAAAUUAAGUACAUUUUUAUAACAUACAUUUGUAAGUACAUUUUUUAUAAUUCAUUAUCUCUAGUAUCUCUUAAAUAUUCACUGCCAUAAAAUUACAUUUUUCACUUUGAUUUUUCUUUAGUUCUGGUAACUGAAUAUUACAUUAAUAUGUGAAAGCUAAUGAGAAACUGAAUACAUAAAAAUGUCAGGGCAGGAGUCUGAGUUACUACAAAAGAGAUGCCCAGUUGUGACUGUGGUGGGCUUCCAGGUUUCAUGUGUUAGUCCAGAAGAAAAACAUGCAUAUGGGUAAGUACCCGGGAAUCAUGAUUUUAAGGAAUCCCACUUUUAGUCUGCUCCUUUUAAACGUUCACAGCACACUGCCUCAUGUGCCCUCUCCUAAAUGGGGGUUGCAGCCGCCUCCUUUGAUGGGGGGCUGUCUGGCAGCCCUGCAUUCCUGCACGGUUCCUUUCUUAGCCUGCUGAACUACCAAUCUGUCAAGUUAUUUUUGCCCUGGGACUAGAAGUUCUUUCACUGCCUUUAUGUCUAAGUUCCAUGCUGUAAAGUUCAACUCAAAAUUUCCUCUUCAAGAAAAUUUCCAUAAUUCUCAAGCUAAAGUGAAUCUUCCUGUGAACUUUUCCACCCUGCUCUGUACCACCCUGAGGGCAUUUCAAAUCUAUCUUGGAACUUAUACACAUUUCUCUUAUCCUCUGGUGGACUGUAAGAGCCUGGAGGGCAGAAUUCAUGUCUUUUGUAUUCUUAAGGGACUUAGCACGAUUAUGUUCGCACAAUAAAUGUUUGUUGAAUUA